CUUUAAUGGCGUCUGGUACGGUUCUUUCGCGUUGUCGGCUUGUGCUAAUCAUGAUAACGUGAAAAACGUGAAUUUUGCUAAAAAAUAUUGCUAAAAGUAUAUAAAGUUUAAGGUUUAAGCAAGACAUUUUGCUGUUUGUACAUUUUGUUCUACAUAUGGUACGAUGGAUAUACCAGCUCCACCAAAUGAUAUUGAAUUGCGAAAUAUCAUCGACAAACUUGCCGAAUUUGUUGCUCGCAAUGGUCCAGAGUUCGAGUCGAUGACCAAAUCGAAACAGAAGGGAAAUGCAAAGUUUGCUUUUCUGUACGGUGGCGAGUACUAUGAGUACUACCAGUACAAAGUGGCCACGAAGCAGCAGUCGAUAAUGCAGCAGCAAGGCGGACAUUCGUCGGGGUUUAUGAACCAACAGAUGAAUGUAUUUAAUCAGCAACAGCAGCCGCAGAAUCAAAAUAAUCAGAUGCCACAGAUUUGGUCAAAUCCACCACUUCCUCAGCAAAUUCCGCAACAACAGCCGCAGCAACCGGUCAUUUCUCCUCAGAUAGCGGCUCAAAUUGAAGCCAUCUCAGCGCAGCAGACCGCGUUGAGAGAACAGAUUCGUCAGUCGGAGUUGAAUCUCCAAGCGCAACAUGGGGUUUUACUGCAGCAGCAGCAAGUACAAAUUGAUGAGGCUGUAACACGGGCCCAGAAUGACGCUCUAGUAAAACAGGCCGAUGAUCAUAAGAUAUUACUGAGCGAAUUCGAUGCUAAAUUGCAACCCAUCGUUGAUUCGUGUACCAAGGAUAGCAUCUCUAACGGAAAAGGCUGGAUUUUACAGCAUUGUACCGAUUCGGGAAAAUGUCAAAUUAUUUCGCAGUAUCUUUUGAGAAAGGCGUUAAUAGCUGGAGUUUUAUUUGCGCAAAAGUUACACCUGAUAUAUUUGGUAAAUGAUGUUAUCCACCACUGCAUCCGAAAACGUGCCGAUGACCUAAAGAAAUGUUUGGAGGGCGCGGUAAUUCCAAUGUUUUGCAAUGCGCAAAUAACGGCCGCAACGGAUGAACAACGAGCCAAGCUAACUAAACUGCUGUCGCUAUGGGAAUCCAAGGGGAACUUCUUCGACGCUUGCGUUAUCUCGAAGCUGAAAUCACCGCCAUCCUCGCUGCAAGAGUAUCAAAACACACUGCUCACACAAUACGCGGCUGUUGUUGGACAGAUCACACAAACCACCAAGGUGACUUUUGAAAACUAUCAGCAGCAGCAUCAAGCGUUCGUCCAGCAUGCAACACAACAGUUGGCGCUUCUGGAGAAGCAAAAGCAGCAAAUCGAACAGCAAGCCAUCAAGGCAGCUCUCGCUUCUCAACAAAAACCUUCUGGACCAGUUCCAUUGUUGCCGGAGCUUGCUACAUCAUCGAACAACGGUCAUGGUCAGGUAAACUCUCUGCUAGGCAGUGGUCGUGGUAUUGAGCGGGAAUUGUCAAUUCCGUCUCUGCUAGACCAGAAUAUAAAUUUCAACCUUCUGUCGGGAGCUAUUCAAAAUCUUCAGAGUAUGAAUGCACAAGGACAGGGUAAUCGAAUCAAUGAUAACGGAAGCAAUAACAAUACUGGGGGUGACAAUCGAAGUGGGAGUUAUUCACACUCGCACGACUCUGGAGACGGUGACAACAACGGCGAUUACUCACAACCACCACCUAAUUUUCCGAUUCCUGACAUGUCGAGACCACCACCCGGCAUGCAUCAGUUUCCUUUCGACUCGCAUGAUAAUGACCCAUUGGAUGAUAGAGAUAAUGAAUAUGAUGAUCAACCUUUGGAUAAUGAAGAUGACCGUUGCGAUGAUGAUGCACAAGAUCAUGUUCGUGACGAGGAAGAAGGUAUGAAUCAAGAAGAGCCACCCCUCAGCCCACAACAGCUCACUCCGUCAAUACCUUAUUUUGAACUGCCGGCGGGCCUCAUGGUUCCGCUGAUUCGCCUGGAAGAUUUUAGCUAUCAUCCGUUAGAUCCCGACCAGAUUCGGUUGCCUCCACCGGCGCCUCCUAACGAACGGUUGCUUUCAGCUGUAGAAGCUUUCUACGCGCCGCCUAGUCACGAGAGACCCCGAGAUGGUGAAGGCUGGGAAAAAUUAGCUCUGUAUGAGUAUUUCAAGGUGAAGAAUGCGUCUCGUAAACAAAAGGAGGAAGAAAUCGAAAGUGGGGCUCGCGAACGUUCCCGCUCACCAUCUCCAAUCGAUCCAGACUGGCUGAAAGCCACAAAGAAGCAGAAAAAACGUGUAUAUCGAUCCCGAAGUCGUAGUCGAUCCAGAUCGCGUUCACGAUCACCCCGCCAUAAAACCAGAACGCAUUCUCGAUCAAGGUCCCGAUCCCGAUCACCACGCCGAACGCGCAAUAGAAGUCGAUCACCUCGGAGAGAUAACGAUCGAUCUAAGGAUCGAAAAUCGCUCACUCCUCCGAGCUUUGGUGGUAGCGAUUUCAACGCUAAGCCGAAUUCUCCUGCUGUAGAGGGAAAAAUGACACCCGCGAUGAAGCCUAAUGCAGCGGUGGCCACUGCAGCUCCCAUAUCUCCAGCCGUUACAACUGCAAAUGUCGAAGGAGACGUUUGGGGCGGCUAUGAUCGCGAAGGAUUAGGGUCGUUUAGCGCAAGAAAUUCCGAUCCUUAUGAAAGCUUUCGGAAGAACAAGGGAGCUGCAUUUAUAACGCGAAUGAAGUCGAGAUCCGAUGACAGAUAGACAGGCUGUGUACAGUACCCCAAAUCAUUUAAACUAGGUGUCACGAGAAUUUGUCGUGAUUUUAAUGCGAACAUUGAAGAUUAACGGGAAAAGUCCUUAAUAAAGUAUAUACAUAAAA